GGAUUUACAAUUGGCUGCGGUACGGCUCCAGUAUUUGAAUUACUCACGUUGUCUAGAUUUGCUUUUUAAUUAAUAAUGUCUAGUCAACCGAUAUCCAGACAUCGGAAACAGCACUUUCCUCGUUUAGAACGUCGAAAAUUAAUUACUCCUCUAUCUCAAAAUCUUCCUCUCCAAGAAUAUGAUUCAGAUGAAGAUCCAGUUUAUAUUUCUAAACAUCCACGAAGUUCAUUAAUAUCCACUAGUCAUAAACCAUUCCGUCCAGUCAAACCAGAUUCAAAAGAUACCAAUGGAUCGUCUGGUCGUCCUGAUAAACGUGCUAGAGAUGAACACAAUGAACAAGAACGUAGUCGUCGACGUGAACUUGCUGUUAUUUAUGAAUUGAUUCGAUGUAGUUUUUCAAAUGAUGAUUUACGAUAUCUUGGUCAUUGUAAUGGUCCUAAAUCAGUUGAUAAAUUAUCAUAUCCACAAGUUUUACAAAUAGCUUACCAAUUAUUACGUGAAGAACAGCAUAAUUUGACUUUAUUUGAAAAAUCUUUAAAUGAUCUGAAAUUAAUUGAAAAAGAAUUUGUCCGUGCCGGUCUCCCAGUACCUGAAAGACCUAAAUGUCCUUAUAUAUUAGAUACUUAUCGAAAAAUGGUUCAACUUGUCGAUAAUUUACUACGUCAUGACAAACUUGCUCGAUCUGUUGAUGGUGUUUAUGAGGUGACUCCUGCAGAACGUGCAGCUAUUGGUGACCAAGAAAUGUCAUUUCUUUUACCACGUUCACAUCAUACAUCUACUAGUACUAGUACUACAACAGAUUAUUCCGAUCGAAUCAGAGGACGAAGAUCGUUUAACCUUAUCAAUCGGUCAAAUUAUACUGAUAAUUAUUUAGAACGAGAUGAUACAAGGAGUUGUUUUUCUAAUUGGUCAAAUGUUUCUGCAACUCAAUCCAAAUUUAAGCGCUCCUCUUCUUCCGCGUCACUUGAUUAUGGCGCAGAGGAUGAUACUGACUCAAAUCUCUUACCGCCUACACCUCCAUCGAUUAAUCAUCUGUGUAGUACUACUUCUACUUGUAAUAAUGAUAAUAAUAAUAAUAAUAAUAUUAGUAGCAAUGAAUGGUUAGGCAAUCCUGAAUUCCUGGAUAUUUUAUCCGAACUCAAAGAAGAUCCUGAUAGGAAUGAAUUUGAAGCACCAACUGAAGAAAUUGAUGAUAUAGAUGUUGAUGGUCUUUUGUUGAAUUUCAUCUCGGACGAAACACUUAACUAAAUUGUCUUUAAAUAAAUUACACAUGUAUAUGUAUAUAGAAAAUUAUGUGUAUCCAUAUCCUUGCUUUUCAUCAUGUUGUGCCUUCUUAUAUUAUCUUUCAUUUAUAUAUAUAUUGCUACCGUUCAUUACAUUUCAUUAUUGUUACUAUUAUUAUUAUUACUAUUAUUAUUCCCGAUUUCGAUAUAAUACUAUUAGCUUGUUUUGUAUUGCUUUCUUCUAUAAUCUUUAUAACUCAAUAGUGUCUAUGUAUGUACUUCAUUAUUACCAUUAAUUUAAUCAUCAUCACUAGUGUUUCAUAAGUACAUUCAACAAGAACUUUACGACACUGAAAAAUGCUUCAAUUACCAUGUUCAUGUUGCAUUACACACACAUUUAUAUAUAUAUAAAUCAUGUUUUUGACAGACAUUGUGGAUCAAAGUAAUUACCUUGUGUUUUCUUUUUUUAUCUUACACUUAUCGUUGUAGUAGCCUUAGUGUGUGUGUUUGUGAGUGUAUGCGUACGAAACAAUUUCAAUUCACGUUAUUAUCAACGUAAUAGUCAGUCAUGUUUUCUAAAAAGAAAAAAAACGAAUGAUCACAUGAUAGAUAAUGAGUAAACAACAUAAACGUGUUCAUGAUCAUAUUUUAAAGAAUUCAUUCUUA